CUGGCUUCUGUCAACUAACUGCCGCGAUUGCUUUGCGCAGACGCCUAUCCACCCCGCAGAAUUUUGGUAUUGCGUUCAGAAGUUCAGCAAUAUGUCGGGGCGCAGGCAACAGCAAGAGGAGCAGGGCUCAGGCUCUUUGAUCAAAUCUGCCCUUCAGGGGUUGGCCUUGUUCAUCGCAACCCAGUUUUUCGUUUCGCAAGUAUUCGGGCCGUCAAAAUCAGCGCAAAAUGAUACCAGUGGUGGUUCUGCGGCUGCGGGGAAAGCAGCUAUUCCAGCUUUCGCAGACCGGCCGGAUAUCCGUACCAUCACCAAUGCUAGUAUGGUCCCUCACAAGGUCGCCCCAAUAUGGCCUAUGAAUAGCUCGGUAGACAUUUCCAUUUACGUCUCGCCAUCUACCAGUAUUCCGUCAUUGGAUACUCUCCCAGAAGAUGCAAAGGUGCUUGAGGAGAAGAAUUUUACUCUCGGUGAUUGGGACGACACCAGGGAGAUCGCGACAAGUUUCAAAGUGCCCAGAGAAGUCCAACAAAACGGGACGCUAUGGGCUCAUUUCUACAUGUCGCUCACUGGACAGCCACUGGACCCAAAAGACAAAUCCUAUAACGCUGCCAACGCUGUUUAUUUCCGACGCCCGCUGAACCAGUAUUUUCCCAAAAAGAAAGUGAAGAAGCUAAAGAAUCUCCUCAAUGCGGACGAGAUAGAAGAGGGCGAGGUUGAUGUUCCACGAGUGACCCAAAUCGGGUCAUUCUAUCACCCCAACUUUACCCUCUCUGUCAUCCCGGAUACUGGGGUUAUUAAUUUCCCGGUCAUGGCUCCAGCAGCGCGACAAUAUCUCCAGCUUGAGAGGACAGGCGCUAGAGAUGCUACCGGCCAGAAUGGAUGGUACUACCCUAUCCUCUUUGUCAAUACAUUUUGGCAAUUAAAGAGCCAUAUGACCGAACUGAACUCCACUGUUGAGACGCUACCCCUCCAUAUCACGUUAAAAAACAUGCAGAACUGGAAAUUUACCUUGUUGGCCAACAUUGAUGAGAAUACAAAACAAAGCCAGAGACAAGCUGCAAGUGGCGGCCCCCUCCCUACUGGUGGUGACGGAAGCGAAUUCGAAACUUUUAAGGAGAUUUUGUUAGACACCAAUAGUUACCUUUUGGCCACUACAUUCUUCGUCAGCAUUCUUCAUAUGAUUUUCGAGGGGCUUGCAUUUAAAAAUGAUAUUUCUCACUGGCGCCAGAAGAAAGAUUCGGUUGGUACGUCAGUUCGCACCAUCCUUGCGAAUGUCUUCAUGCAAACAAUUAUCUUCCUGUACCUGCUUGAUAACAGUGAGGGUACCUCAUGGAUGAUUCUCGGCGGCCAAGCCUUUGGCAUUGUCCUGGAAGCAUGGAAGAUCACCAAAACCGUUGACGUUCGCCUUCGUCGUCCGCGACGGGGGUCGGCUUUCUCGUUCCUACCAUACGUUAUUGUCUUCGAAGAUAAACAUAAGCUCAGUGAGACGGAACAAAAAACCAAGGAAUAUGAUGAAAUAGCUUUCAGGUACCUUUAUAUGCUCGCGGUCCCAUUGCUGGCUGCAUAUGCAGUUUAUAGCCUGGUGUAUGAAGACCAUAAGUCGUGGUACUCCUAUGUUAUCGAAACCUUGGUGGGAAGUGUCUACGCUUACGGAUUCCUUAUGAUGGUUCCUAGCCUCUACAUCAACUAUCGUUUGAAGUCCGUCGCACAUAUGCCUGGCAAAGCCCUCACAUAUAAAUUCCUAAAUACCUUCAUCGACGAUCUCUUCGCGUUCACCAUCAAGAUGCCCACUCUCCAUAGAAUCGCCACACUUAGAGACGAUAUUAUCUUCUUUAUCUGGUUGUAUCAGAGCUAUAAAUAUAAGGUUGACUAUAAGCGUGUAAACGAAUUUGGUCAGGGUGGGGAGGAGGAUGAAGUUGAAGAAACCGAAGCGGAUAAGCGGCCAAAGGCCCUUAAGGACUCUGAGCCUACUACUGUAUCGGAGCCUGAGACAAGUACAUCGGGAGCGAAAGCCAGAAAAGAACCCGCUCGCAAGCGGAAGUAAAUUCAACUGUACAGUACAUGGCCUGGCAAAGAGGGGUUGCAGUGGACUUGGGACCCAAUAGUUAGAUCUGGGAAUAUUAAUGCAUCUUAUAGUUAGUUUUUAAAUUGAAUAGAGGUACAUAAGUGUUUUUAUUGGCGUUGUAUAAGACUCCUGCAUCAUCU